CGCGCCGUGCCCCAUGCGCCGCUGCUGCCCGGCUCUCUGCAUCAGCACCGGCCCCGGCACCCCCGGCCCCGGCCGCCCCGCCGCCGCCGCCAUCGCCAUCGCCGCCCCGCUCCCGCCCGCCGCCGUGUCCCGCCCGCCGCUGCUGGUGCUGGUGCUGCUGCAGCGCCGCCCCGCGCCGCCCGCUCCUGCGCCUCCGCCGCACAAGAUGGCGGCCGGUGGGAGCGGCGGGGGCCCCGGGGGCCUCUCCUCCUCCUGCCCGCAGCCGCCGCCGCCGCCGCCGGGAAACGGUGCGGCCGCCGCCGCCUGCACCAACGGCGCCCCCCCCUCGCCUCCCGGCCUCACCUACAACCAGUGCGGCGCUGCCAACCCGGCGGCGAGCGGCGGCGGCGCGGGGGGCCCGGCGGCGGCGGGGACGGCGGGGGCCGCCGGGGGGGCGGGCGGCCCGGGCGGCGCGCUGCAGCGGGAGCCGGUCUAUAACUGGCAGGCGACGAAGCCGACGGUGCAGGAGCGCUUCGCCUUCCUCUUCAACAACGAGGUGCUCAGCGACGUGCACUUCCUGGUGGGGAAGGGCCGCGGCUCGCAGCGCAUCCCGGCGCACAGGUUCGUGCUGGCGGUGGGCAGCGCAGUCUUCGAUGCCAUGUUUAACGGUGGGAUGGCCACAACUUCUACAGAGAUUGAGCUGCCUGACGUGGAGCCUGCUGCCUUCCUGGCACUGCUGAAAUUUCUCUAUUCAGAUGAAGUUCAGAUUGGACCAGAGACUGUUAUGACAACACUUUACACAGCUAAAAAAUAUGCAGUUCCAGCCCUUGAGGCUCAUUGUGUGGAGUUCCUGAAAAAGAACCUGCGAGCAGACAACGCCUUCAUGCUGUUAACACAGGCCAGGCUUUUUGAUGAGCCUCAGCUGGCCAGCCUUUGCCUGGAGAACAUAGACAAGAACACAUCAGAUGCCAUCAAUGCAGAGGGCUUUACAGACAUUGAUCUGGACACGCUGGUUGCGGUGCUGGAGAGGGACACGCUGGGGAUCCGGGAGGUGCGUUUGUUUAACGCAGUGGUUCGCUGGGCAGAGGCCGAGUGUCAACGGCAGCAACUUCAGGUGAUUCCAGAGAACAAGAGGAAAGUGCUGGGCAAAGCCCUUUCCCUUAUCCGCUUCCCAUUGAUGACUAUUGAGGAGUUUGCAGCAGGGCCAGCCCAGUCGGGAAUCCUCACAGACCGGGAGGUCGUGAGCCUGUUCCUCCACUUCACCGUCAACCCCAAGCCGCGGGUGGAGUUCAUCGACCGGCCGCGCUGCUGCCUGCGGGGGAAGGAGUGCAGCAUCAGCCGCUUCCAGCAGGUGGAGAGCCGCUGGGGGUACAGUGGGACUAGUGACAGGAUCAGGUUCUCGGUGAACAAAAGGAUAUUUGUGGUUGGGUUUGGAUUAUAUGGAUCCAUACAUGGGCCAACAGAUUACCAAGUAAAUAUACAGAUCAUCCACACUGACAGCAACACAGUCCUGGGGCAGAAUGACACAGGGUUCAGCUGUGAUGGAUCUUCCAACACCUUCAGGGUGAUGUUCAAGGAGCCUGUGGAGAUUUUACCCAACGUCAACUACACGGCCUGUGCCACUCUAAAGGGCCCGGACUCGCACUACGGCACCAAGGGGCUGCGCAAGGUCAUCCACGAGUCGCCCACCACGGGAGCCAAAACCUGCUUCACGUUCUGCUACGCGGCCGGGAACAACAACGGCACGUCGGUGGAGGACGGACAGAUCCCAGAGAUCAUCUUCUACACAUAGUGCAGCCGGGGCUGCCGGGACUCCUCCUCCCCGGGACCCGCCGGGCGCUCCCUGCCCGGCUGAGCAGCCUGGAGCCACACUAGCCAAAGGUCUCAGUAAAAUCAUUUCAAAGCUC